AUGAUUCCUACACAAGCUCUCAGCGCCCUCGUGCCGGCGGCUCUCCUGCUGUUUGCGCAGUCGGCCGGCGCCGACAGCACCGGCACCACCACGCGCUACUGGGACUGCUGCAAGCCGUCGUGCGCCUGGCCCGGCAAGGGCAGCCUCGCCCAAGGCCCCGUGGCCACCUGCGACAAGAACGACAAGCCGCUCAACGACAACGGCGCCACGGCGUCGGGGUGCGACAACGGCGGCGGCGCCUUUAUGUGCUCGUCGCAGGCGCCCUGGGCCGUCAACGACACGGUCGCGUACGGCUACGCGGCGGUGCGCAUUUCGGGCAGCACCGAGAGCGCGUGGUGCUGCGCGUGCUACGAGCUGACGUUUACGAGCGGGCCCGUGCAGGGCAAGAAGCUGGUGGUGCAGGCGACGAACACGGGCGGCGACCUGGGCGCGAACCACUUUGACCUGGCCAUUCCGGGCGGCGGCGUGGGUGCGUUCAAUGCCUGCACGCAGCAGUACGGCGCGCCGCCCAACGGCUGGGGCGACCGGUACGGCGGCAUCCACUCGGCGUCGGACUGCGCGAGCUUCCCGCAGGCGCUCAAGGCGGGCUGCCAGUGGCGCUUCGACUGGUUCAAGGGCGCCGACAACCCGAGCGUGACGUUCAAGCCGGUGACGUGCCCGGCCGAGCUGACGGCCAAGUCGGGCUGCAAGCGCAACUAG